UUACAGGAUUAUCAGGUUCUAGAAUUGCUCGGCAAAGGUGGCUUUGGAUGCGUCUAUAAAGGUAAAUCGAAAGUAACUGGUCAAUUAGUUGCUGUGAAAAUGAUUGAUAAGCAAAAGGCUAUCGACGCGGACAUGAUUGCAAGAGUUGUUAAGGAAGUAGAAAUACACUGUCAAUUAAAGCAUCCAUCCAUAGUAGAGUUAUACAACUACUUCGAGGAUAGCAAUUAUGUGUACUUGAUAAUGGAACUAUGUGAAAAAGGAGAAUUCCAGCACCAUUUGAAAGCUAAGGGAAAGAUAGCCGAAGAUCAAGCACGUCGAUUUUUAGCCCAAAUUGUAAAAGGUCUCCUUUACCUACAUUCGCAUGACAUAGUCCAUCGGGAUCUUAGUUUAUCAAAUCUAUUACUAACAAAUGACUUGGAUGUGAAAAUUUCCGACUUUGGCCUCGCAACGAAACUAGCUGUCCGAGGAGAGACUCAUCUCACAAUGUGUGGCACGCCAAACUAUAUAUCACCUGAAAUAGCUAACCGAUCACCCCACGGACUAGAGUCUGAUGUUUGGUCUCUUGGCUGUAUCUUGUAUACCUUCUUAGUUGGCAAACCACCAUUUGAUACUAAAGCUAUACGAACCACUCUAAAUAAAGUUGUUUCUGGAAGUUAUACUAUACCUCCCCAUCUCUGUGCAGAAUCUGAGGAUUUAAUAAAUCGACUCUUACAACAGGAUCCACUGAAAAGGAUUCCUUUACAAGACAUCCUGGAGCAUCCAUUUAUGAAUCCUAAUAAAAGUAGCAAAAGCAUAAAUGAUGGCUAUAACGUAAGUUUGCAAGUUAACCCGCAAGUAAUUAUCUUCCUAUGUUAA